AUGGGUAUCAAGAAUACUAUUAAUGAUAUAACAAUGUCUAAUUCAAAUAGCAACUCUCAGGAUGACUUUUCGAAACAUGAGGUUAAGAUUGUUAUUGAUAAGAAGACAAUCGAAAAGUUUACUCAAUCUUCCCCUACUUUGAAUCAUUUAGCAAAAUAUAAAGUCAUCUCAAUAUUUUUAAAUUACUUUUUGAAUUUACCUUUUUUCUCUUCUAUUGUCUCCUGGAUUAUAUGUUAUAAUUAUAAAUUUAAAAAAACAUUAUUAGAAUCGAAUAAUGUACCAAUUGUAGCUAAAAGAAUAUAUCAACGUGCAGAAAAUCUAAUUUGGAAAUGUGACGAAGUCUUCAAUUACUUAAUUUUAAGAGAAGGAAUUGAUCAUUUUUUCCUUGAAUUAAAUAAGAGACAUUAUUUACCUGGAGUAUGGUUACUUUGGUUUUAUAUCGAUUAUUUGGCAAAUUUCAUUGACGUUUUAUUAAAAGAGUUAGUCAUUAAACCAUUUAAAAUUUCUUAUAUUACAAAAAAUGAAAACAAUUCAAAUUUAGGCUCAAACUCAAAUUUAAACUUAGAAUUAAACUCAAAUGCAAAAGAUUUAGAAACAAAAAAAAAAUCGAACGGUACUACUUAUGACAACUUAUCGAAUUUAAAUUACAACAGCAGUAAUGAGGAUUUGGAAGAAUUAAAUAAUAAAAAUAUUGUAGAGUUACCUCAUUUAUAUGAAUUAACCAGUACAACUAAAAGUAUCUCCAAAGAUAUACAAGAGAAGUUAAAUGAUAAUUAUAAUAGUUACAUCAAACCGACUACUCAAAAAUUAACUAAUUUAUACAUUGAUGAACCUAAAAAAAUAAUGUCACAAGUUCAUUCAGCAAAAUCAACUGAAAUUUAUAAAACUGUCUCCGGAAGUUAUGAAGAAAACUUUAAAAAAAAUAAUGAAAGUAUUCCAAGGGCAAUAGUCUCAACAGGCAAGGAUAUUGGUUCGUUAACUUUAGAAAAAUUGACAAAAACAAAACAACAACAAGCUCAUACUGAUAAAGCCAAGGAAUCUACCACCCCAAAAUUUUUUAAAGAAAAAAUUACGAUCCUGGUUUAA